CACACGUCGGCCAUCACGACAGUUUGUGGCAAGCUUGGCCAGCGGGUAUGUGUUAGGUGAGUGAGAGUGGUGUUACUCCGUAUUUUUCACGAUUCUAAUGUGGAUUAUCACUCAAAAGACGCAGAUCCAAGCUAUGAUGGCUUUUAUCUACUAAGAAACCAUAUGUAAAAUGGAAUGUGAUUUGUAUCCGCUGAAGAUUAUAACCAGCUGAUUGGUAGGCCCAGGUCAUUAUUAACCAGAACUAUUUGCGGAGGAAAAAUGGAACGCCCACCCCGAAACGAACCCCCUGUGGAACCAGUGAAUGGAGUGGUCCAGCCGCCAGUCCAUCCACCUCCAGAGAGUCCGGGCCGCGUAACCAAUCAACUUCAGUUUUUACAGAAAACUGUGUUAAAGGCUGUCUGGAAGCACCAAUUCGCUUGGCCCUUCCAGCAACCGGUCGAUGCCAGAAAACUCAACUUGCCCGACUACCAUAGAAUAAUUAAACAGCCAAUGGACCUGGGAACAAUUAAGAAAAGACUAGACAACAAUUACUACUGGUCGGGCAAAGAGUGCAUUCAAGACUUCAACACGAUGUUUACAAACUGCUAUGUCUACAACAAGCCUGGAGAGGAUGUUGUUGUCAUGGCUCAAACGUUAGAAAAGGUAUUUUUGACAAAAGUGGCGGAUAUGCCAAAGGAGGAGUUCGUUGUUGAAUCGCCUAAUAAAGCGGGAGCGGCAAAAGGAAAGAAGGGGCGGACCAGUACAGCGGGCGCUGCCAGUGCACCCCCAACACCAACUACAGCCACCGCUGGUUCGGGAGGCAGGGGUAGGCCUCCCGCCACUGUCUCUUCUACAAGCGCCACUCCAGUUGCUACCACUACAGGAUCUUCAGGGUUGCCUUUAGGCACUCAAGCACCGGCUACAGUACCUGGCAGCACCGCAACUACCACCAUAGCCGCGGCUAGCACCAAUAACAGCUCUCUGUCGAAUCAGCAACUGAACUCUUCUUCCAGUUCCAUUCACGGAAGCGGCUCCAGUUUAGGAAAUUCCUUAGAUUCCAGCAGCGUCAUGCCUGCCAACGUUAUACCUCCGGCACAACCAGCCAAGGUAAAAAAGGGCGUGAAAAGAAAGGCCGAUACUACGACACCUGCUACAGCCUACGAUUAUCCGCCAACUUUGGAGUCGAAGUCCGCAAAGAUAUCGACGCGCCGAGAGUCCGGUAGGCAAAUCAAAAAGCCCACCAGGCCGGAACUGGACGGUCACCCGCCACAACCCCCUCCACUUAAACCAAAAGAAAAACUACCAGAAUCACUGAAAGCCUGCAAUGAAAUCCUCCUAGAAUUAUUUUCUAAGAAACAUUCUAGUUACGCCUGGCCUUUUUAUCAACCCGUAGACGCAGAAUUACUCGGUCUGCACGACUACCACGACAUCAUAAAGAAACCCAUGGAUUUUAGCACCGUAAAAAAUAAAAUGGAGAACCGAGAGUAUCGCACUCCUCAAGACUUUGCCGCCGACGUUAGACUGAUUUUUAGUAAUUGUUACAAGUACAACCCUUCUGACCACGAUGUGGUUGCUAUGGCGAGGAAGUUGCAGGAUGUGUUUGAAGUGAAAUAUGCAAAGAUUCCCGACGAACCUGUCAAUAGGGUAGGAGCCCCUGCCGUUAAUAACAUCCCUACCAAAUCAGAAUCGAGUACAUCCGGUUCCAGCUCAGAUUCUUCUAGCGAUACCGAAGAUUCAGAGGAAGAAAGGCGAAACAAACAACUGAAGCUGCUAGAAAAAGAGUUGACGGCGAUGCAAGAAAAGAUGCGUAAAUUGGUAGACGAGAGCACGCGUAAGAAAAAAGAGAAGAAAAAGGACAAAGUAAAAAAGAAACCGACAUCAGGUGGGUCUCUGGCGAACGCCUCCCUAUCAACUCUACCAAACAGCAGCAGCGCGGGCUUGGGUAAGCCGGGUGCCGGUGGUCACGGGGCUCUAAACAAGUCAAACAACAACAACUCAAUAGCGGCGGACAGCGUUGACGACAGCAUCGCCAGUGUUGUGUCGGGCGCCGAUCUAAAGAUGGCCGAGUCGCACCAUCCGCAAACUGGAACAGGCGCUCACCAUCCGCCGGCAGGCAAGUCCCUGAACAUGCAUCACAACAUGACGGCAAACGCUGGCGCCAACGCUUCCGCACAGGCUAAAACACCUAAAAGUAAAGGACUCCGCGGCAAUAAACCCGCUGCAGCUACCAACGCGGCUCCCAACAAGAGGGUUAAAGCCAACAACAAAGCUGGCGCGGGUAGGAAGAAAAACGCCGCACAACCACCACCGAUGCAGUUCGAUUCUGAGGACGAAGAUAAUGCCAAACCGAUGUCUUAUGACGAAAAACGGCAAUUGUCUUUGGACAUUAAUAAAUUACCAGGUGACAAAUUGGGUAGAGUUGUACAUAUAAUCCAAUCCAGGGAACCGUCGUUGAGGGACUCCAAUCCUGACGAAAUCGAGAUCGAUUUCGAAACGCUGAAACCCUCAACCUUAAGAGAAUUAGAGAGUUACGUUGCGUCGUGUCUUCGCAAAAAGCCACGUAAGCCAUACUAUAAAAAAGUAGCUGGCAAAUCUAAGGACGAACAAAUAGCGGAAAAAAAGCAAGAGUUAGAAAAAAGACUAAUAGAUGUAAACGAUAAAAUCGGCAACUCCAAGAAGGCCCCCAAAAAAGAUGAAGCCAACAAGGUAGAUCCAACGGGCGCGGGAGGUCCCUCAGGCCGCUUAUCCUCUAGCUCCAGCAGUUCGGACUCAGACAGCAGUAGUAGCAGUCUGUCCUCUAGUUCUAGCGACUCCAGUGACAGUGAAGCAGGUGGGACGGCGAACCGACAGGCCAAAAAGAAAGCGAAUAAAAAAUCACCUAAUCCUUCUCUAGGAAGUUCCACCACCACCACCACUACGACUAUAAAAGUACCGCCGCCUCAAACGACGGCAACACCUGCACCACCGUCACAAGCCGCACCAGCUAUCACAACAGCAGCAACUGCUAAUUUAACAACAACUGUCAGCGUACCACCACUUACUACUACAACGACAACGAUAGCUGCACCAAUUCAACCGGCUGCAGUUCCAAACGUCGUAGUUCCCGCGCAAACGACGCCAGUCGCACCCGCCUUCACGCCGAGCAUAACCGUCAAGCCAUCACUCCAGGCCGCCCCUAUCGCCCCAACGGUGCCACCUCUUAUUAAGUCGAUCGAGAAACUGCCUGUUACAACUCACUUACCUCCUACCGUUCCUACGAUAACGCCUCCAACUGUACCUCAAGCUCCUAAGUCGGUAGCGUUACCGACUCCUUCGCCUGAUAAACCUAAACCUAAUAUUAUUUCUCCCAUUGGUACUUUUACCGACCCUAUCGAACAAUCAUUGGCUAGUCUUGAACACGAUAUUAAGCAGAACGAUCCUAUGGACGUUAUAACGGCGUCUACUAUGAUGCAAAUGCCUACUACGUUGAGUAAUCCUGUCGUGUCACAUCCACAUCCUAGCUUAAACUUAAAUCCAACCAUUAACCAUCCUAUUUUACAGCCUAGCACACUUAGUAUGGACUUGAAAGCGCCUAUUAUGGGAACUAUGGCGCCGAGCAAUACCAUGUUACAUCACGGAUUGCAACAAGCGAUGGAAACGGAUAUCACGAUACCUCCACCACCCACCAACAUGUUACAUGGGCAGAACAACGGUUUUGGCAUGAAACACAAUUUUGAUCUGACUACAAAUAACAACGGUCUUUCGUCGAUGGGACUACCGAUGGAAAUGUCGAUAUCGUCAAUGUUCGAUCCGAUUCCGCAAAAUAUUAACAAUCCCAUGAUGAAAAACGAUUCCCAACUCAAGAUGGACGAUCGCAUGGAUACCUUAGGCGGACUUUUGAACGACAAAAAGUCCAAUCCCCUCAUUCAAAAGCCGAUGUCGCAAUCGUUUGGCUUCAAGAACGAUAAACCAGAUCACAAUGUCAAAAACGCUAGUUCCUGGUCGAGCUUGGCCAAAGGAAAAUCACCACAAAACAAUAUUCCGGGCGGCAGCAGUAAGCAGCAAGUUAUGGAUAGUUUUAAGGCAUUCCAAAAUAAAGCUAAAGAAAAGGCCGAUAGAGAGAAACAAAGGCUGGAGAACUUAGAAAUGAAGCGGCAACAGAGGGAACAAGCGGAAAGGGAGAGGUUACGAGCCGAAAACGAAAGGCGAAGGGAACGAGAAGAAGAAGAUGCGCUCGAGAAAGCAAGGAAAGCUGUAGCGGAGCAGCAACAGCCCAUAGCAAGCCAAAGGGUAGAAGAGCUGAGGUCGUCGCCUGGUGAGGGAAGUACGUCGCCAGGUUCCUUAAGUUCGGGUUCCGAAAGGAUAUCGGAGAGAGAAAGGCAGAGGUUACAGGAACAGGAACGGAGAAGAAGAGAAGUGAUGGCCAAUAAGAUAGAUAUGAACAUGCAGAGUGAUCUAAUGGCUGCUUUCGAAGGUUCGUUAUGAACGGUGAUAGUCGCGUGCGUUUGACUGAAUAUUAAAGAUAAUAGUAAAAGAGACUCCACGAGCCAAUUUUUUGUGUAUUUAUGUAUUUAUAUGACAAUUUUAAUAGGUGUUAAAUAAAAUGUUAGACGCUCAAAAAUUUUUGAAAAAUGCUUCCAUUAUAAUGAGUUUCGCUUCGGAUAUAUACCUCUGAUUUCUUUGAGUUGAUCAUUUUUUGUGUUCGUGGCUUGACUCUCGAUUUUAAAUAUUUUUUUAUAUAUAAUAUAUAAGUUGGACAUUUUCAACAUGGUUUGUAUAUAUAACACUAUAAAUUGAUUAUAAAGUUGUACAUAAUGAUGUUGGGUUGAUUAUUGUGUUAGUUUUUACUUUAUUUUCUAUUCCUCCUUGUCAUUGUUUUAUUUUAAAGCAUCUUUUGACUUUAACGGCUACAGGGCGGUCCAAAUAUGCGGCCCAAUCCACUUGCAGAUCAUUUCAAUUAUAAUAUUAAUAUUAUUUUAAAAUAUUUGUACAAAACGAAGAUGAAUGUGUUAAAUUCAAGUGAUCGGCAUUGGAUUGUGCACCUGUGCACACCUUUGAAUUGUUGGCGUCAAUGUUAGGACGACUCUUUCAAAUAACCUUGUCCUACACAUUGAUCUACAGUUGGUAUUUAAAUUAUUAAAGCCACACGGAAAGGAUUUUUUGUCUUAAAACGAUUUUUAAAUGAAUGACAAGGUAAAUUUAUGUUUAUUCAUUAUUGUUCAUAAGUACACUUUAUGAAGUUUAAAAAGAGUAAAGAAAUUG